AGCUUUCCCUACAGGGGUAUCUAACAAGGACAGCGGGGGACAAAUGUUGGGUUUCCACUCUAGGUUGAGAUCUAAAUGACAUGCAAACACCAGAUGGGAUUGCUCCAAAAACUUUGGCAAAAUCUGCAGGUGAAAUAAUGUUAACUAUAUUAUACUUUAAAUUACGGAGUUUUACUUUGGCAUUCGUAAACCGGAAACGUCGCUGUUUGCUCGGCUAACUUGACAGCUGGCUCAAACUUCGUCAAGUUUAAGUAACCGGGAGGCAAACUUCAUGCUGCGUGUUUACAACUGCAGGUAACUCCGGAUUAAACGGGUUAGCGAAGAGAUUUAAUUAUUUCAUUAUAACAUUUCAUAGCUGAAAACUAACCGAAGCAGCGGACGCGGGGGCUUUUUGGACGUGACCUAGAUUUGUUUAGUCCCCAGUGGGAGCCUACAGGUUAGGUAGCAGCGAGCUAAAUCCGAGCAGAUAACUGGUUUAAUCCGAGUUUAAUCCCGUCACCUUUAUCCAGGAGACACCGUUAGGGAGGAGUGUCCCUCUCCUUAAAGACGUCAACAAAAAGACGUCAAGAAGAAAAGGGAGAAUAAGUAAGCAAAACUCACGACUUUGUUCGUGUUAUGACAUUUGUUAGUGGGAAUGAAGUCACUUUAACCGUGUGUGGAAGUAUGCGGGCUAAACCUGAACUCUUUCGAGCGGAAACGUGUCGAGGCCGGGCGGACUGAGAAAGGUCAGCGGUGCCAGCGGAGAGCGGCUCGUCACGGGGCAUGAAACAUCAAGCUGACGGUGCAGCACCGAGGAAGGAAGCGACACGAUGGCAGUCUGCGGACGAAGGAGCCGACCUAAGUUACUUUUUUGCCUCUUUGGCGUCACGUUAGUUGGAUAUUUGAUACUUUUCAGACACAGCUCCGGAGACCUGAAUGGGACAAAUCGACGAGAAGCCCCCGGGGAGCAAGAAUUGGAUAAUGAGCAGCUUAAGAAACCCGUUUAUGAGAAGCCCCCCUUGGAUUUAAAUGCCCUGGGUGAGCUGGGCAGAGCCGUCAAACUGAAUCUGAACGGAGAAGAGAAGAAAAGGGAGGAGGAAAGUAUCCAAAAGCACCAGAUUAACACUUAUGUCAGUGACAGAGUGUCACUUCACCGCAGGAUGCCAGAGAUCUGGAACCCACUCUGUAGAGAACUGAAGUAUGACUACAGAUCCCUGCCGACAACCUCCGUGGUUAUCGCCUUUUACAACGAGGGCUGGUCCACCCUGGUGAGGACGGUCCACAGCGUGCUGGAGACUUCGCCUGACAUCCUGCUGAACGAGGUGGUGUUGGUGGAUGACUACAGCGACGCAGCGCAUCUGAAGGAGCCGCUGGAGAUUUACAUCUCGAGUUUGAGGAAGGUGCGUCUGAUCCGAGCCACCAAGAGGGAAGGGUUGGUUCGGGCUCGGUUGCUGGGGGCGUCCAUCACCACGGGUGAUGUGCUGACCUUCCUGGACUGUCACUGCGAGUGUCAUAAUGGCUGGUUAGAGCCGCUGCUCCACAGAAUCAAAGAGGAGCCAACGGCGGUGGUGUGUCCAGUCAUCGAUGUGAUCGACUGGAACACCUUCCAGUAUUUAGGGAACUCUGGUGAACCUCAGAUCGGGGGCUUUGAUUGGCGGUUGGUAUUUACCUGGCACACCGUCCCGCCGUAUGAACAGAAACGCCGUCACUCGCCCACUGAUGUCAUCAGGUCUCCCACUAUGGCAGGUGGUCUGUUCGCUGUGAAAAAAAGCUACUUCCAUUAUCUGGGGACAUACGACACAGGGAUGGAGGUGUGGGGAGGAGAGAACCUGGAGUUCUCCUUUAGGAUUUGGCAGUGUGGGGGCAGCCUGGAAAUCCACCCAUGCUCCCACGUGGGUCACGUGUUCCCUAAAAAGGCCCCUUACUCACGAAGCAAAGCUCUGGCAAACAGUGUGAGAGCCGCUGAGGUCUGGAUGGAUGAAUACAAAGAGGUCUACUACCAUCGAAGCCCCCACGCGCGCCUGGAGGCCUUUGGAGACGUGACAGAGCGGAGGAAGCUUAGAGAGAAGCUGGGCUGUAAGAACUUCAAGUGGUAUCUGGAUAACGUUUACCCCGACAUUCACGUCCCAGAGGAUAAGCCGGGCAUGUUUGGAAUGCUGAAGAACCGUGGCAAGACCAGCUAUUGUUUUGACUACAACCCUACAGAUGAACACAUGGUGGUAGGCCAAAGGGUCAUCCUCUACCCGUGUCACGGCAUGGGUCAGAAUCAGUUCUUUGAAUACUCCACGGACGGCGAGAUCCGCUACAACACGAGGGAACCUGCUGGAUGCAUUAUGGGUGACAACAUCAGCACCUACCUGACUGUCCAGCUGUGUCGAAAACGAGGGCAACCUGUACCUGCAGACCAGAAAUUUGUCCUCCGAGAGGACGGGAGCAUCUACCAUGUGAUGAGCCAGAAGUGUGUUCAGGCAGUGGACAAGACAGACAACGGGACACCAGCGCCCUCGCUUCAACCGUGCUCUAACAGCCCCUACCAAAAGUGGUACUUUGAGGAGAGAACAUAAUGGUAUCAGGAAAAUAUAGAUUUUAUUCAGGACCAAUAGAAGAGGUUAUCGGUGGGUUGAAUUUUAGAAUUAUUCUGAUUAUUAUUAUUAUUAUGUUUGCCUUGCCCCAAAAGGAGCCCAAAGAAGGAAGCUUCUAUGCUCCCUUCCUAACUUAAACCUUUGCACAGUUCUGUGCCAGCUGGAUAUAAUGGACCAAUAGAAAAUUAUACUGAUGAAGUACUUUGUAAAUAUAUAUGGGAGUGAUUAUCUUUCUUGGAUGCUGUUGCUGGGAGACAGGAGCCUACUGCGAUAUGUAUUUUGUUUUUCUAAUCUAAGGAGAGAUGCUUGAGAAUUAGUGACCUGCACACAUGCUGACGUUUUUCUUUUCAUUUACACACUCGACUACUGGCGCAAAUCUUUGAGGAUCAGAUGAAUUUAGCGCACUUACUUGCACACACGCACACACACACACACACACACACAAUGAAUGAAACAACUGCUUCAUACCUCCAUCAACAAACGAGCUAGUGGCAGACAUCACAGUCACAGCGUCGCAUCAGGAGGUUUUUUUUAAAUGCUUCACAUCUUCUCCUGUAGAGGGGGCCAGCGCUCCUCUCUGCAGCUUCCUUCUUUUUUAUAGUGUUCUCUAUUUGUCAAGAGGAAGUGGGACAAAAUCUUCAGGUAUUUUUUUAUUUUUUUUUCAGAACCUUUUCAGGACAUUUUGAGUGCUUGCUACUUACAUACUUAGAAAGGCUUAGAAAAAAAGUGAUCACAGGCAUUAAAGCAAGUACCUAGUACCUCUUCAACUUAAUCACCUAACUACUGAUAACAGGAGAAACUCUUAUUGCGCUCUGCUUUGAGUCAUUUUGCAAUGCAAAUUGAACAGAGGUAAAGAUGACGUGUGUCAUUUUGCUAUUUUUGUAGUCGUUUUUUGUAACCGUUGUUUUUCAACUCGCCUCUGUUUUGUGCUCUUGAAACGAUAAGCUUCAACAGACUAAAUCAUAGCCAUAUUUGAUGGAUUUACUUCAUGCUGUGUCAACUAUGUUUAUUUAAAAAAAAAAAAGUGUUUUCUAGAUGAGAGUGAAUCGCCGUGCUGUUUCAUCAUGUGACUGCAGACAUAUCUCGGAUAUCGUCAUUAAUAAGCGUGAAUUUAUUCAAAAUCCAGAUGCAUCAAGACUGAAAUCACAUAGAAUAAGAUAGCCGUCCUUACUCUACUCCAUUUGUAGCCUACAGAAAGUGCCUUGACACACACACAAAAAAUUCUAUUUUAAGAAAUCUCUUCAGGUUUGGAUCCUGAGAAAGAUGCUUUUAUACCGAAUGUAUAUAUUGUCACAUAAAAGCACGAGACAGAAUGAGACCAGCAGUUGUGAGAAAGAGUAGCAUGUAUGCUCCCCUGCUGAGAAUACGCUUCGCACAGACAAGUAAGGUAUUCCCUCGAGUGUGCAUGCAUUACUCUGGUGGCCUGUACUGAUUUGUGCACGCUCCCUGUGUUUCCAUCAGAACCCGACAGCUAUAGACUCCUCUUCAGAGCUGUGGUCACUUGUGUGGUUGGUCCCUCAGGCUAUGCAGAGGGACAGAGGGAAACAUGGCGGAGGCGUAGACAGUUGUUGGCGUCUCCAGAGUGCUGGGAUGCCAGAUGGUGUCCUGAUUGAUUUUCUGGUUCUCUCCCAAAUCUUUAUCACCGCCUCUCCCUCACGAUGUCAGAGGUCUUCAUUGAAGGAAUUAUCUUUUGGACUUGGUACCACUCAAAAAAAAAAAAAAAAAAACCCUCAGAUGAGCACUUGUUACCCGUGUGCUCGAGGUUUGAUUUAUGAACGGAAGUCAUCAAGAGUACAGUUUUUGACAGCAGAAGCAGAUAAUGGAGGAGACUGAAUGAAGCAAUUUGUGACCUCUUCCUCACCAUUAACCUUCACAAGCUGUCGGCCCGUUGGUCUCAAUGGAGUUCUGUUAGGAACUGAUGUGAGGGGACAAUCUGACCAAAAAUAGAUUUUUUGCUAUUGAUUCAGAAUACUCACAAUAAGAUGAAUGGGAGAUGGUAAAAGUUUUUUUUUUGUCAGUAUCACAGCAGAGUAGAGUCAAAAUCCAUUCGUUUGCCAAAUAUAUUGAACGUACCGUAAUGUCUGAAGGUUGUAGGAACAUGAUAACACCUUCAUUGGAUGGUACUUUCCUGUCUGAACAUAUAUCUACAUGAGAUAGCUGUACUGUGUAGCAUGAAGGAACAUAUUUUGGGAAGUUCCCAGUAGUCUGUAAACAGUCUUUUAUAAGUGGCAUAUGAUUGUGCAGAUAAUGCGUUGUGAUAAGUAGAAUGAACCAAAUGGCCAUUAGGAAGAUUACGGUCGGCGGGGAGAGGGAGCCGUCUCUGGAUUUUGUGAAUGUUUUUUUGGCGAUACAGUGGCGCUGCUUGAUCUUGAUCUUGAUAGAAGAGCUCCAUAUGUUUAAGAAUGGUUUAGGUACAUGUUGCUAUUGAGGCGUGCAUGGUCCCUGGCAAGCCCUCAGACUCCAAUCGACUUUUCCUGUUAUGAUUUAAGAGUAAGAAAAGCUGCUUCACUGAGUAUCAUCCAUGAGCGAGGGAACAGGUGAAAUUGCCCUUUUAAUGCAGUGCUCAUACUUUAUGUAUUAAACACUUAAGAAGUGACAGCUUUUCUAUUUCCAUCAGUUUGUGUCUUUGUUCAGUAUAAAUAUUAUAUUCCAUUAUUAAAAAGGGUUAUUUAUUAUCCCCAAGGGCCAUUUGUUAUUCCAGACAUGUCCUACAUAGUAAAACAAAUUUACACUACCGUUAUAUUGUAUGCUAAUGUGAUACGGUACACGCAGCUGCAGUAAAGUUGAUAUUUGCCAGUCGGGGACCAUAUCUUUCUGGCAGGUCAUAUAGGGCUUUUAUAUCAACCAAAUCUGUGUCGUAAACAGUGAUAUUCCUGGAGAUCUGUUGGAGGACAUGAACCUGUAAAGUGGCUGAACGUACAGUUACCAACAGUAAUGGACCGUGCAGUAGCAUGCAACCACCUUCUGUUUGGUGGUAAGCAAUACCCAGAGGAGACAUUUUAGUUGCUUAAGUGAUAAACAUGCACACUGACACUCAUGCUGGAAUUUAACACCGUGUUUGGUGUAUUAAUGCUGUCAGAACCACCAGUGGCCUUACAUUGUUGUUAGGAAAGUGAAGAAUCUGAUUUAACAAUAUGUUUGUACUAAUUGGAUCCAAUAAAUGGAUCAAAAAAUCUGAUGUCAAAAUGUAUCAGUUUAACUGUUGUCAAUGGUCAAAGGAAGUAAACACACAUGUAAUGCUGGA